CUGGCCUGGGCGCGACGGCGGGCGGGGCCUGGGCGCGCGACUCGCGGGGACUGGCCUCUUUCGGCGCCAGGAGGCGGUUACUGGGUCUGAGCUUGGGGGUCUGAGGCGAACAAGGGGCCAUGAGGACAACGAGGGAGUCUAGAGCCCGCUGCCCGGCCCUCCUCCCUCGCACAGCGGCGACUCGGCGGCCGCUGGAGUAACCGCUGCCUUUGUUCCGAGCGCCUGUCCCUCCCGUCGCCCUAGCCUCUCACUCCGCCGCGCUCCGGCCGGCCCGCCCUCGGUCCCCGAACCCCCAUUCGGCUCGUGCCGCGCGGAUGCGGCUGACGGGCCUGGGUUUGGGCUUUGAGCUGGAGGAGGAGGAGGAGCGGCGGCACCUGGGCGGCAUGCAAUGGGGAACUGCUGCUGGACGCAGUGCUUCGGGCUCCUCCGCAAGGAAGCUGGGCGGCUGCAGCGAGUAGGCGGAGGCGGAGGAUCCAAGUAUUUUAGAACAUGCUCAAGAGGUGAGCACUUAACUAUAGAGUUUGAGAAUCUUGUAGAAAGUGAUGAAGGGGAAAGCCCAGGAAGCAAUCAUAGGCCUCUUACUGAGGAAGAAAUUGUUGACCUAAGAGAGAAGCAUUAUGAUUCUAUUGUUGAAAAACAGAAAGAUCUUGAUAUGAAAAUCCAAAAGGAGUUAGCCUUACAAGAAGAGAAGUUAAGACUAGAAGAAGAAGCUUUAUACGCUGCACAGCGUGAAGCAGCCAGGGCAGCAAAGCAGCGAAAGCUCUUGGAGCAAGAAAGACAGAGAGUUUUGCAGCAAUACCAUCCUUCAAACAAUGGAGAAUAUCAAAGUUCAGAACCAGAAGAUGACUUUGAAUCUUGUUUGAGAAAUAUAAAGUCACAGUAUGAAGUUUUUCGAAGUAGUAGACUCUCAUCAGAUGCCACAGUUUUGACACCAAAUACAGAAAGCAGUUGUGAUUUAUUGACCAAAACUAAAUCAACUAGUGGAAAUGAUGACAGCACAUCUUUAGAUCUAGAAUGGGAAGAUGAAGAAGGAAUGAAUCGAAUGCUUCCAAUGAGAGAACGUUCCAAAACAGAGGAAGACAUUCUCCAGGCAGCACUUAAGUAUAGCAGCAAGAAGACUGGAAGUAAUCCUACAUCUGCCUCUGAUGAUUCCAACGGGCUGGAGUGGGAGAAUGAUUUUGUUAGUGCCGAAGUGGAUGAUAAUGGCAAUUCUGAGUAUUCUGGAUUUGUAAAUCCUGUGUUAGAACUGUCUGAUUCUGGCCUAAAGCAAUAUGAUGUGGAUCAACAAAAACGGUAGGGAAAAAUUGUGUGAUCUUGUUUAUCAGUUAUGACCAAAUGUUUAAAGCCAACUAGAAUGUAUAAAUGGUUGUGCUGAGCCUUUUUGUAAGAGGGGAAGUAAGAAACAUGUUAUAAAUGCUUAUUAGAAAGGAAUAGGAAUGAUAGGUUAUAUCUGAAUUGCUUCAGAAUUAAGUGCAAUUUCAUCAUCUGCCUUCUGCUUUUCAAAAACAAUUUAAUGGUUCUGUCAUGUUAUUAAUUAAAUUUCUUUAACUCUUUUCUUCAUAGCAAUCCUGUUUACUGUUUGUAGAUUUUCAGCUUUUAAAAUAGUUUUAUUAAUUUCACCUUGAAUGCUUUCUUAACUCUGUUUCAGUAGCUAACUGCGAAAGUAUUAAGGCAUUUUGUGUUAAUGCUCAGCAGAUUUGUGAAGGGAGCAUGAGGAGGGACUGCCAGAUUCAGAUUCAGAAUAGUGUUCCGUUUUCCAGCAUUAUUUAUUCCUAUGACUUACUUAAAUUUUAUUAUGUGAUAGUAAGCACAAUUAAUUUGAGUAGAUGACCCGAAAGAAAGGCCAAAGUAUCAGUUUCUUUCUACACUUGUUGCAUAUCCUACUAUAAUAAUGUUGACUCAAUCUGAACAAAGUAUGUGAUAUGUUAAAAUAAUCUUUCAGAGUUUGGACACUUAAAGUGAGUCAUCAAAAGAUAUUUAAGAAAUAUAUAUACUUAGGUUUUUUUGUUUGUUUGUUUGUUUUUUGCGGUACACGGGCCUCUCACUGUUGUGGCCUCUCCCGUUGUGGAGCGAAGGCUCAGCAGCCAUGGCUCACGGGCCCAGCCACUCCACCGCAUGUGGGAUCUUCCCGGACCGGGGCACGAACCCGCGUCCCCUGCAUCGGCAGGCGGACUCUCAACCACCGCGCCACCAAGGAAGCCCUAUACUUAGGUUUUUCACUUCCUUUUCUGUGCCACUAUAAAUGAAUAUUGACUUUAAUUGAUAUAGUAAAUUUCUAGCUGUCAUUUUUAAAAAUUCUGUAUUUCCAAAGAAUGGUCUUGAAAGAUUUUACACAGAACAUAUUCUCUGUGCAUGAUUUAUUAAGAAAGGAAAACCUGAAAAAGGUAAUACGGGUAUUUCAAAGUAAAUAAAAUCCUUUCUGGUAUGAAAGAAUCCAUUGAUUUUAUUAAGCUUUCCUUUGCCUUGUAAUACAACGUGCUUUAAUGGGAUGGAACUAAGUAAAUCAAUAUAUAUAACUGAAUUUUACAAUAUACAGUUAACUUUUCUUUUCUCUAAAGUUUACAUAUCAAUUUAAAAGGCCAAGGAUAUAAGACACUCCCUGAUUGCUUGUCUUGAUUUUGCUGAGGAUUGAAUAUGACUUUAGUAAGCAAACUGUUUUUUCAAUUUUUCCGUAGUGUUUUUUUUUUCUUUUUCUUGCAACAAUGACAGUGCAUGUUCUCGAAAAUAUAGGAAGGUCCAGAUAUAAAUAGUAACUUAAAGUUCUUGCUAUACUUUAAAAAUAUCAUGUGGCCCUUUCAAUAUUUGAACUGCUGGGCAAUGACAUCUAUAGUUUUGUCACCUUUUUUUAUCUCAUAGAAAUAAAUAUGACACUUUAAAUAUGUAAAUAUAUUAGGUAAUGCUGUUAUUUAUGUCUCAACAUAAUUUAAGUUGUAGCUAUGUCAUUGGAAAUAUUUUAAAGAUAAUCUAUAUUCACGUUGCCUGUGUUAUGCUUUUUAAAGUUUGUAUACAUCAGAUGUAUAUUUUUGGUUUGGCAUAAGCUACUAUUGUAAUUUUUCUUGGCAUUUUGUUCAUAAAGAAUUUUUUGA